AUGGCUGUGACGCAUGCUGAUCUUGCUCCAAGCCGACGAAGAUGUGACCUGGGCAGCAAAACUGGCGCAUUUUUAACGAUUUUGUCUAUAUUGUUAGGCCUUCUUUCCUUCAUUCUCUGUCUCAUAUCCGAGGCCAGUCGUUCCCAGAUGAUAUGGGAGGCAUCGAGCGGUGAAGGGAAAGUUAUAAAAUCUGAGUGCACAUAUUCAAGUAGUGGCAAAAUCCCUCUAUUAUCUGCAACAGGUGCAUUUUUUGCUCUAGCAAUGGCAAUGGUGAUACAGCAUACAUAUCUAUUGGUCGCGGUGAGUAAAGCGGAUUCUCUGCUUGCAAUUACUUGGGACCCUGAUUCUGAUUUUGCCAAGAGUCUCACAUGGCAAGCCGGAUUUUUCUUCGUUACAACUUGUUUCUUCUACGAAAAUAAUGGUAUUAUCUUAUGA